CUCCUCCUUCCUCGUUCUCUAGCGCGGGGCUGGGGCGGCCCGCAGUCAGCCCUGCAGCCGGCGAGCCGGGUGCGCAGCCGCUCACUUGCGCUGUGCCCGCCGGAGCCGAACCCGGUCCAGGCGGGAGCAAAGCGCUGAGCGGGGAUCGAGAGCCCGGGACAGAGCGAACGCGCGCUGGCGGCGCUGAGUCGGCACCUGGAGGACAUGGAGGAAAGGCCGGCACAGACCAACGCCAUUGUGGACGACUCUGCACCCCCCUCGGUGGCCCAGUUGGCUGGGCGGUUCAGGGAGCAGGCAGCCGCUGCAAAGGAGACACCAGCCAGUAAACCAACCAGAAGGAAACCGCCCUGCUCCCUCCCUCUGUUCCCCUCCAAGGUAGAGCUGGGCCAGAAUGGUGAGGAGAAGUCACUGCCCAGUGCAAACCACCCUCCUAAAGUCAAAGUGAAGAGCUCACCUCUGAUUGAGAAACUUCAGGCCAAUUUAGUCUUUGAUCCAGCAGCCCUGCUUCCUGGGGCUUCUCCCAAGAGUCCUGGAUUCAAGGCCAUGGUGUCACCAUUUCACAGCCCGCCUUCUACCCCCAGCAGCCCUGGAGUGCGAUCUCGGCCCAGCGAACCAGAGGAGGUGCCCGUCAGCUUUGACCAGCCUCCUGAAGGCAGUCAUCUGCCCUGUUACAAUAAGGUGCGGACAAGGGGCUCCAUAAAAAGGCGCCCUCCCUCCCGGAGAUUCCGAAGGUCCCAGUCAGACUGUGGGGAACUGGGAGAGUUCAGGGCCGUGGAGCCUUCCCAGGAGAAUGGUGCCAAGGAGGAGAGUGGGGACGAGCUGUUCCCAGCCAAGAGCAAAGCCCCAGGAUCCCCUCCUCUGAGGAGGACAUCCAGCAGGACAGAGAAGCUGGAGGAGAAGAGCAGGGCCAUGGGGGAAGCCCAGGAGCCGGAGAAGAUUGUGGGGGGCUCUGAGGAGGAGGCUGGGCAGCAUCCAGCCCAAGCCUCCAGCUCAGAGGCGGAGGAUGGGUGUGGGAGCCCCAAAGAGGAGAGACCGGCUGGAGAGCAGGCGGAAGAGCCUACAGAGGUGAAGGAGAGGGUGGCCAGUGAAGAGGAGGAGCCCGGACAAAGCAGCCAAGACACAAAGGAGCUGGAGGAGGGAGCCGUGGAGGAGGAGCCCCCUCAACCCCCUCCUGGAGGAGGGGUGGGCAGCCACAGCCCAGAGCAGGGGACCAGCGAGGAAAAGCAAGAUGAAGAGGCCAGCCUCAAGCCAGGCUGCAGCCCCGACUCUGGAGCCCACGCCCAGCCGGACACCAGCAGCGAGGUCCCCAGGACAGAGGAUAACACCCCUGUCCAGGACACUAAAAUGUGAAGAGCACAUUGCUUCUAGUGAUGAAGCUGCUGGAGCCAUGUCUUUGAAAGUAGCAGCAAGGAUUAUAGUAGCAGCAAAGGAAGCCAUUGCAGGACACGAUGGGCUGAGAGUCUGAAGUCAGCCUGAAGACACAGGGUGCCAUUUCCCAACCUCCACACUGUUGCAGACGGAGAGUGGAUCUGAGGGCAGAAGACUUUGAUCAGCUUGAGUUUGUGUCACUUGAUGGACCUUUUUUUUUCUUUUUUUUUUUAAGAAAACUUAUUUAAAACAAUUUGCUGUGUUGGCAACUCCCCAGGGAUACUGGUCAACCUGUGGGGCCCAGAUCCACACCCACUUAUCCCUACAGCUGACCUCAGAACUGGACUGGCAUUUAGCUAAUCAGAUUGUGUUUAUAUAAAUUGAUAGCCUUUUUAUUAUUCCUAAGUUUUCACAGUUCUCAAAUGUAAGUAAAAACUCAUUUCAGGUGGCUAGAAUCAAAGUAGUAUCACUGGAAAUAUACAUCCUGUAAGUUACAGAAGACCUGAAAUUGUAUGGAGACCCUGAAACAACCUUUCAGCUUGGUCCAAAUUUGACUGGUCAACCAAUUUUGAAAACACUGGACUAGAAGAGAUAAUUAUUGAAACAUUUAAAAAUAUGUGUCUGUUCCAGCAACAGGAGCUUUGAAAGUGAAAGCAAAGUCACUUAGUCGUGUCAGACUCUUUGUGACCCCAUGGACUGUAGCCUGUGAGGUUCCUCCAUCCAUGGAAUUUUCCAGGAUUUUCCUUCUCCAGGGACUCAGAUAUUGAAACCAGGUCUCCAGCAUUGCAAGCAGAUGAUUUUACUGUCUGAGCCACCAGGGAAGCUCCCCAUCUGGAGCUAUCCCAUCUGGUAAUUUACCAGGAGCUUUCCCAUCUGGUAAUUCUCUAGUUAGGAAUUUUCAGCUCAUCUCCUUCUGUCAGGGGACAGGGAGGCAGAGGCAGGCAGCAAGUCCUUUGGGGAGGCAGAAUGUCAAGAGGUUUCAAAGGUCUGCACUUCAUUUCCUCUUCCUGAAAGCAGAGCAGUGAUACCUGAGCAGUGCCUGCCCUCUGGUUUAUCCUGGGAAGAUAAAGUUUGUGCUUCCAGAAGGGGAGCCCCGAGCAUGAAUCAGAUAUCUCCUGGGAAGUGCACUGGGCAUCAUGAUAUACAACCUACAUAAUAAGGACAUCCUUCCCUGACUUGAAUGGAAACCCAGGGUCUCCUCCCCUACUCAGGAGGGAUGGAGUGGGUCGUUGGCCUGUUCUCCUUGAAUAGCUCUUGCUUAAACGUUCUGUUGAGAGAGUGCAGGAAGCUUCGCUAGGAACAAGGGGCCUGACUACCCCUUUCUUAACAUACUCUCUCCCCCCUUCACACACUCCUGCUGAAAGAUGCUCAUCCAAAUAAAUUUUAAUCUUUAGAGUUGCUCCUUAUUCAGAUUUAUUUCAGUAUCUCAACAUGCAGAUUUGGUAGUUGGAGCAGUCGUUUUUCUGGAGGUCUCUUAGACCAUACUCUUAUCUACUCUGACUUCAAAAAGUAGUUUUCCAGACUAAAAGGCCUUAUCUCACCACUGGUACCUCAGUUUUUAUCACCUCAUUACAGUUUUUCUAACUCCAGAAUAGUAUUAAUAUUUGAUAUAUACAUUUUUUCAAAAACUAUUUUUAAAUUGAAUGUAGCUUCUAAAUCUUGUAAUCUAGUGAAGACUGAUACUAUAAUAAGUUUUGUAUUCUAGCAGAGUUUGGGAGAUAUGUGUGUCAGUUAUUUUGAGAUCUAUAUACUCUCUGUCUAUCUACCUAUCUAAUCUCUUCACAGAGAUGUAUACCCCCUAAACAAUACAUGGAUUUAUUUAUAUAUGUCUUUGGGUUGUUUAUAUAUGCAUGCACAUAUCUAGGCAAGAGUUUUGAGAAUGUGAGCUUGGCUGUGGGUGUGUGUGGUGAAAGGGGGAAAUAUGCCGUUCUUCCUUACUAGAAAAAGGAAUGGAAUAGGUGGGAUGUGAAUGUAGAAAUAAAACUCUAUCUUACAUACCUUAUAGUAGCAGAUGAAGGAGCAAUAAAAAUGACAAGAAUGUGA